AUGUCCAACCAGUGGCACAGCGCCUUCAUCCUGGCAACCGAAUUGAUCUGCAAAAUCGUAACCACCAGAGGCAAGGAGAUUAGGGUUGCGUACGUCUCUAAAACCACGGACUGGAGGCGCGUCCUUCUCGCAGAGAGCGUCCAGCAGGAUUUCGCCGGCAUGAUGGAGAAGAAGAAGGACACUUUCCGUCCGGGCACGGUCGAGGUUGCCAUGAAGGAGCCUAAGCACGCCAAUGCUGCAGAUCCCCGCCAGCAUUUCACGGUGUACGGACUUAACAAGUACGGAGAAGUGUUCUGGGUGCGUCACUUCUACGCCACAGGAGAGGAAUACGAAGAGAACGAAGAUGAGUCGGAGUCGGACGGAGAGUCGGACGAUGGUGGCGGGUCGGUGUGCGACGGAGAUCAUGACGAUGGAGGCGAGGAUGGUUGCGAAGACGAGUCUCCAGGCGAAGGCGAGUCGGAUGGCAAAGAGGAUUCUGACGAUGAGGACGUGGCCAGGUUCGAAGCAGAGACGUGGCCAUACACCCUGUUCUAG